AUGAACCGUGCAGGCGGAUUUAUUUCGGAAGAAUCCACCCUGUCGGAGCGCACAAGUCAUGUCCGGUCGCCGUUACCCACUAGAGUCAGAAGCGCCUGUGAAAGAUGUCGCCAUCAUAAAUAUCGGUGUGACCCUUUCCGGCCGUGUUCUCAGUGUAGCCGAGCCAACGUUCCCUGCCGACCCCACAGGGUAACUUCGUGGAGGCGCAUCAAGACCAAAAGGAAUCCUAGGGGGGUUCAACAGGAGAGCGAGCUCUCGUUGGAGGCACCUGCCCAGCAAUCGCGGGAUGGAGAUCAUGAUGGGGCUCUACCCACACGAGCGCUUCGGGACGAUAGCGAAUCUAACGUUUCCACAGGCAGGGACAUCCCCUCACCAUCUCUCAGCUACGGUGAAGCGGAAUCUGCAAUGGGAAUUGCUCGAAGAAUAUGUGAGCUUGGUAGCCACCGCAUUGAUGAGCAAGCCACCUUCGCCAUUCCCGGUUACCAGGCUGCCGGCAUGAGAGCGCCUCGUUCGAACCCUGCAGCAACCGGUCAACGCAUGCCCAUAUCUUCAAUCCUGGGCCAACGUUUUCCAUCGAUGAACCUUGUGCACGGUCUGCUUGAAGAUUACUUUGAUUCCGUACAUUGGUUCUCCCUCGCCAUAUAUGAGCCAAAGUUCCGCCGGAGACUCCACUCCAUUGCAGAUGGCUCGGCAUAUCCAUCCCAAAGACCGUUUCUCCUCCUUCUAGCGGUCAUCCUGGGAAUGGCCGCCUGGUAUCGAUCCCAGAGGAGCGGUGCUGAUGUGGCACAUCACAGCGAAGAUUGGAAAAAGUGGAGUACAGACUUGUUGAAUCUCGUCCAGUCAAACUUGGUGGAAUUGAUGGAUGAACCGUCCGUCACUGCGACCCAGACAUGCAUCCUUCUAGGGUCGCACCAUGUCUACCACGGUCGUCCGAAUCUCUCCUUUUCGUUACUGGGGACAACCAUCAAAAUGGCUCAGUCUUUAGGAUUACAACGGCAACUCCCGCAUGGCGAAUUCGACGACAUCGAGGAGAGCAAGAGAGUCUGGUGGACGAUCUACACGUGGGACAGGUUCGCUUCGAUCACCUAUGGCCGGCCAUUGGGAAUCAACGACAAGGAUUGCAAUCUUCAAAUGCCAGCGGAUGUACUUGAGAACUCGAGGUUUCUCACACCCCCGCUUGAAAACCAUACGAUAUGCUUUUCCACCUACCAGCGAGAGCUGAACCAGCUUUACUUGAUUGCCUCACCAGCCCUCGAGGCUAUCUUUGGCUCACGCACCUUUGGAACUUCGGAUCAGUUGGCUGGCGACUCAUACUACGCAUUGGUUAAGCACACCACUAAGGAUCUUCAGAAAUGGCGCCACUGUUUACCGCCACAUCUGACUCUGGAUCUCAAGAAAGAUAUCCCGGCCAAUAAUGAGCCAAGCCGGAGGGCAUAUGCGUUACAGGCUCUAUCAUUACAGCUGACUUACGACAACCUUCUUAUUGUACUCCAUCGACCUUUGCUAGCCCGGCAAGUGGACCAUCUAUCCACUGUAAAUAACAGACCACGGGGGGAGACCGGAGCGAACUCUCCCGCUUAUUAUUCUCCCGCGGACCUUUCGAGCAGUCACUCUAACGUAUACUCCGACGGUGCACGCUCCACGGCCCGGACCACCAGUCCUGAGAUAUGGAUGGACGCUGCGGCGAGGACUUCGCGGAUCACCGAACUGCCCGACCUUGCUCGUCUCGCCGCGGAAAGCCAUCUUGUCGCUUUCCUUGCCAUCAAUUUAUUCAACGCUGCGGUUGUGCUGGCUGUGGUGGCGCUUUCGGAGCCCCUAUCGGAUGCAGCACAAGAGAUCAAGCGCACUAUUACUCGGAUCCUACGUCUUCAGCAAUGGAUUGGGGAGCGGUCCGCCCUGUCGAAACAGAGCACCGUUGUCCUAAAGAACGUCGUUGCCAUGCUCCUUCGGCGCGAAUCAGAAGUUAUGCUCAUCCCCAUCUCUGGAGCAAGCCAGCCACUCGGCCAUCAGACUCGAGUUGACUCUUCGUCCAUGUCUGUGGAAGACGCUCUUCGAUUGCCGUUUGACGUGACGUUGGACUCCAGCACUUCGUUGACGGAAAUGGAAAGAGGGACAGAUACCGGCAGAGCCCAUCGCCUGAAUGAAAGCUUGGUUUCUGUCCAAUGUGGUGAGGCAGCCUACCUCCGGGGUGAAAUACCGCAUGCAGGCGUUUGCUAACACUCACUUGUCUUAACUCUAGCCUUAGAUCCGGGUGCUGAUUGCUCUCGAGGUCAUCAGCCAUUCGAGGAAAGCGCACAGCCACAUGGCACAUCUCACCUGCCCGCGGACGAUUGGAAUUGCACGGGCGAUUUCCGAAGUGGUCCGGCGGACGGUGCUUACGAGCAAACUGACGGCGGGCUGUAUUGGUU